CUCCCCAAAAGGGCGUUUCCGUACUUGGAAGCUGACUUGAUUGGUGGAGGCGCGCCUGCACCUGUGACUGCUGUUGUGAGACAGAUACUAGUAGUUUGCAGGAGCACGAGGCCAGAUCGAAGUGAGGAUUUAUUUGACAGCUACAUUUUUAAAGCACGAUCUGAGUGGCCAACAGCAGGAUCCUUCCUCCUAUCAGCUUUGGAUUUGAGGGAUACAGAUGGAGGGAGUGCUGAUUUUAAAAUCUGCUUCUCCUCCCAGCUGUUCCUCUCAAAACUCCUCUCCUCCUUUCUCACCGGAUGCUCAGGAAGAUUCAGAUCUCCAAUCAUCUUCCGUACCUACCCCCAUGUGUGUUACUAGUGUACCACCACCACCACCUCCUCCUCCUCCUCCUCCUCCUCCUCCUCCCCCUCCUCCUUUUGGCUCUCGUAAUGUCCAGCGACGUUCAAUGAAAAAGCUGAACUGGGACACCAUCCCCAGCCAGCGUGUCCUGGGCAAAUUGAACGUCUGGACGUCUAAGCGGCCUCAGAGGGACCUUGUGCUGGAUAUUCGGAGCAUGGAGGAGUUGUUCAGUCAUGUAGACAAACGGACCUCGCUACGCAAUUCGAGGGUCAUGGGUCUUAAGAAAUGUGAUGGCAUGGACCUCUUUCCACAGGAGCCUCAGGUCACAAUCCUUGACUCUAAGAAGAGUAUGAAUAUUGGGAUCUUCCUGAGACAUUUCAAGAGGCCAGUGACAGAAAUGGUACAGGACAUUUGUCAGGGGAACUGGCUCAGAUUUGGAACAGGCAAACUAAAAGAGCUUUGUAAACUGCUGCCAGAGGAAAGUGAGGUGAAGCAGCUGCUGUCAUUCAGUGGGAACCUUUCUGUGUUACCUGAGGCUGACCAGUUCAUGGUGCAGCUGGUCAAAGUGCCGGGCUAUGAGGAACGCCUGAAAAUGAUGGUGCUGAGGGAGGAAUUCUUUCCUCUUAUGGAGGAGGUAAAGAACUCUGUUGCUGUCAUGACCAAAGGAGCCAACGAGCUGUUGGACUGUGAUGACCUCCACUCAGUCAUUCGGCUGGUAUUAAAAGCCGGGAAUUACAUGAACGCUGGUGGUUACAGCGCUAAUGCCAUUGGCUUCAGGAUGACCUCUCUGCUCAAGCUGGCAGACACCAAGGCCAACAAACCUGGCAUGAACCUCAUGCACUAUGUUGCCAAGCAAGCAGAGGACAUUGAUGCGGAGUUGCUGACUUUUCCCAGCCAGCUUGAACACAUUGGGAUGGCAUCAAGAAUUUGUAAAGAGGAGGUAAUCAAUGACUUUGAGAGGGAAGUCAAGAAGAUCAAGGAAGUGAAAUUGUACAGCAACAGACAUCCGGGCCUCUUACAACAAAUGGAGACAUUUCUCAUGAGGGUUGAGGCCAAGUUGGCCGAUGUGGAGUCCUCUCUCCAGGAGCUAAAAGCUCUGAGCAACGCUGUCGCUGAAUACUUCUGUGAAGACCCAGCUACUUUCAAACUAGAGGAGUGCUGCUCCAUCUUUCAUUCAUUUUGCAAGCGGUUUGACACAGCUGUACGGGAGAACCGAGAGCGAGAGGCAGCAGAGCAGAGGUGCAAGCGGAAGGAGAAUGUGCCUAUUGCAGCCAAACGUCGCUCCACAGUGUCUUGCCAAGGACUUGUGCCUGAUCGGGACUCCUCCAGCUUGGAGUCGGCCUUACACAGCUUUCUCUCCAAUGUUCCAGAGGGAUUAGCCAGAUGCAGGAAGAACAUGCUUACCCCAGCCGAAGGAUCCCCCUCGGAGUGCAGUUCUCUGACUUUUCCAUCAACUGAAAAAACUGAGGCUACGCCCCGUACUAGACAAGAGAGGCCUGAGAAGAAACAACCCAAACUGCAGAAAGAAGACGAGCACCUGGAAAACAAAGAAGCUGAGAAGAUGCGUGAGAUAACUCGGAAGGUGCUUCGCUACCAAAACAGCAAAAGCAGCCUUGAUGGGGACAGAGUUUCAAGCACUCCUCGUCGGUCGGAGAGAGCGCAAGACACACCAGCUACCCCAAGUACCCCUCGGCCUAGAACCAGAGACUUCUUCUUUGCCAACAAUGGGGAUGUGGGUUCCCCGUGGACUAUCCUGAGCCCUUUUACUUGCUCCCAAAGAAACCCUCCGCAGCGAAACAGACAAGCACGCCAACGCAGGCUAUCCUCAAUGUAUGGUGGAGAUGACCUUGAUGAUGGAGUCUGGGAAAGCGAUGAAGGCAAUGAUCCCCCCAAUUCCUCCAAUCGGGAACGUCUGACAUCUCCAUCUGGGGGUUCUGCGUCCCUUCCUGAGUACCCCAGUCAGAGAGCUGUGUCGCAGGGUCCAGUGCUCAGAUCGGUUUCCAUGGAUGAAACCAGGCGAUCUCCAGCAUCUCUCUUCGGGCUAGGAGACUUGUUCCAGAGACGCAUAUCUCAAAGGUCAUACUCCUCUGGAUCAAGGACAGAAAAUAUGAGAGAGGAAGGAGCAGGAGUCUGUCCACUGCUUGGCAGUAAGGCAGAAAAUCAUGUAGAGGGGCAAGUGAGCACCUCCGGGUUCAUAUCCUUCUUCAGACGCAUUGGAGGCAGAAGUAAGCCUGGUGAUGUGGAAGAACAAAACUUCAAAGGAUCUAAUACUUGAUUAAAAUUUUAUUUAGAGACAAAGACCAAGCUUUGUCAUUUUUUGUGUGUUUUUAGAUAGUUUAAAAUUUGUUUGUCUUUUUUUUAUUUAUGGUGUUAACCUUCAGUGGAACCAAGGCAAAUGAGGACUUGCUUUGAACUAUGAAGGUUUUGAUGUUGUGGGAGUCAAACCACGUUCAGAAAUCGUAACAUCUUUCUUUUUUGUCUUUUUGUGCGCAAUAAAGGUUGACAUUCUACCUUUUAAAA